UCUCCCUCUUAAUUUUGAGAAUGUGUGAGUAAUUUUUGGGUGGGUGAACCUCAUCGAUUAAAAAUUGACAAAAAUAUCAAAUAUAUCUUGAAAACUAAGACUAAAAAAAUUCGCGUAGACUGACCAGAGUCCGCGAAUUUGAUAAAGAUGACUGAAACUCAUAAAUUUGGAACCCCAAAUCCGAUUACCUGUCACGCAUGGAAUAAAGACAGAACGCAGGUCGGUUUUUCGCCCAACAAUCAGGAAGUGGAAAUUCACAGGAGAACCAACUCAGAGUGGAAGCUUUUGGAUACUUUAAACCAACAUGACUUGCGAGUGAUGGGAAUCGAUUGGGCCCCCAACACCAAUAGAAUUGUAACUUGUGCCGCCGACCGCAAUGCUUAUGUUUGGUGCCAAGAUAAAGACCACAAAUGGAAACCUACCUUAGUACUUCUUCGCAUCAACAGAGCAGCCACAUGUGUCAAAUGGUCUCCUAAUGAGAACAAGUUUGCUGUCGGGUCUGGUGCCCGUUUAAUCUCAGUUUGCUACUUUGAAUCAGAAAAUGACUGGUGGGUAUCCAAACACAUUAAGAAACCUAUUAGAUCUACCAUUACUACUCUUGAUUGGCACCCAAAUAAUGUGCUUUUGGCAGCCGGUAGCGCUGAUUUUAAAGUCAGAGUUUUUUCUGCUUACAUUAAAGAUAUAGAAAAGACUCCGGAGCCUACAGUUUGGGGUAGCAAAAUGCCUCUGGGUCAAAUAAUGGGAGAGUUUGUUAAUUCCCCAGCAGGAGGUGGCUGGGUGCAUUGUGUUAGCUUCUCCCCUGAUGGUAAUAAGAUUUGUUGGGUGUCUCAUGAUGCAUCCAUUAAUGUAGGGGAUCCUACAAAGGGUAACACUUUUAUAAAACUCAAAACUGAAUUUCUACCCUUCCUGAGUUGCAUUUGGAUCAGCAAUAAGACUGUAGUUGCAGCAGGUCAUAGCUGUGUUCCAGUUUUAUACAAUGUAAGAAAUGAUGAAUUAGUCUUUGCCGGAAAGCUUGACACAUCUCAAAAAAAAGAGUCUGGAGGACUGUCAGCGAUGAGAAUGUUUCACUCACUGGACAAGCAAGCUCGAAGUGAAACAUCAGACACCAAUCUGGAUUCUAUACACCAAAAUGCAAUUACAUGUGUUUGCAUAUAUUCAGGCACCAAAUCAAAGGCCACAAAAAUUAGUACUUCCGGCUUGGAUGGUCAACUUGUGAUUUGGGACAUAAAUAGUCUUGAGAGAUCCAUACAAGGGUUGAAAAUUGAGUAA